UUAUUUAUUUUGAUUCGUACCGCACAAAACAAGAAACAUAAAUGAAGUAAACUAGCAGUAGAUUUUAUAUACAAAAGCUUUUAAUAAUGGAGGAAAAGUUAAUCGAAGCUGUUAAAUUGCAUCCUUGUCUUUUUGAUAAAAGUUCGCUUCUCUUUCGGGACAAAGUGUUGAAGGAGAAAUCGUGGAAAGCAGCAUCAAUUGCAACGGGAGCUUCAGUUGAACAAUGUAAGCAACGCUGGAAGUCGCUACGCGACCGAUUUGUGCGGGAGGUGGUUUUACAGCAAUCGAAGACAGACGAUGCUGCCGAGGAGAAGAACGAGUGGUGCUAUUUCGAGUUAAUGCGCUUUUUAACAAAACACGUUAAUCCUAGAAAAACGAAAUUCAAACCACAAUGGUCCAUCGACGACCAGCCAGACUAUAGUAAUUCAGCUGGUUCACCACAGAGUGACUCGUAUGAAACCACUGAUUACCAGUGGGUAGAAUCGCUGCAGGACGAAAGUGAACUAAAUGAAAGCCAAACCAGCAACGAAGCACUCAAUCCCAAAAAGGCGUCAAAACGUAAACGGCUGAGCGUGGAGGCAACCGAACAUUCGAGUAAUCCUUGUAGCAAUGGUGAGACGGUGUUCUCUAAUAAAGAGGAGCCCAAAAAUAAGGCAAUUUUAGCCAUGUUGGACGAACUUCUACAGAAAAAAUCAGAAGAAGUGCAGGAAAGCAGUGGUGCACACGAAAGUUUCAUUCGGCUUUGUGGUAUUAUUGAGAGAGUAGUAUCGGCUAAAGAGGAGUCUAAAAAUAAGGCAUUUUUAACAUUUUUAGACGAACUUUUGCAAAAGAAACCAGAGGAAAUGCAGGAAAGUUUAAAAAUGGAAAUUUUAAACCAUGUGCAUAAUUCUUAAAAUUUCAAUAAUUCCUAUUUUUUUGUAUAUCGGUGGAAUAAUAAUUAUUUUUUAAGAGGAUAUGAAUUAUUAGUAUAUAGGAUAGCCAUAUAAAUAUGUACACUUUGUUUUCUUUGCUAUAAAGUUAUUUUAUUUCUGUGAA